AUGCAAAUAAUCACGACUUUUGGCUUCUUCGUCCUCUGGUUAGCGUCGCGUUGGUGGCUUGCACUGGUGGACAAAUAUGUCCCUGAACCUUACCUCGAUGAGGUUUUCCAUAUCCCCCAAGCGCAAAAAUACUGCGCGGGGCAUUUCCGGGACUGGGAUGACAAGAUUACUACCCCUCCCGGCCUCUACCUGCUAUCCGUGGCAUAUCACAGGUUCAGAUUGCUUUCAGAAUGCACUCCCUUCAGUCUUCGGUCCAAUAACCUCCUCGCCACGAUCCUGACUGCCUUUCUUGCAGCUCAGUGCCGACACUUAAUCGAGACUCGGGCAGCUGGCAGAAACGGGGAGACGUCUUCCGUGGCAAUGCCGUUCGGCUCGUAUUAUACGGGUCUCAACAUUGCCUUGUUCCCGCUUAUCUUCUUCUUUUCGGCCCUUUACUACACAGAUGUCAUGUCGACCUUGGUUGUACUGGUCGCCUACCGGAACCACCUCCUUCGCCUCCAAGCUCGUCGGCUGGGCAUCGUUAACGACCUAUGGACAGUGGUGCUCGGUGUUUGUGCUCUGUUCAUGCGUCAGACCAACGUCUUCUGGGUGGUUGUGUACAUGGGAGGCCUGGAAGCUGUCCACGUCCUGCGCUCAGUCCACUCCGGUUCGCAGAAGGACUCUACGCUUCAUGAUCCGCCACUAAGCCAGUCUGGCCCGCAGGAUUGGUUCCUUUGUGUGCUUACGCUCGCCGUCGCAGCUCUUUCCAACCCGUUCAGGGUUGUCCGGCAAAUAUGGCCUCACCUCACCAUCCUCGCAUUAUUUGCCGGCUUCGUCGCCUGGAAUGGGGGUGUGGUUCUCGGAGACAAAUCCAACCACAUCGCCACCAUCCACCUAGCGCAGAUGCUCUACAUCUGGCCACUCUUUGCCUUCUUCUCUGCGCCCCUUCUCAUUCCCUCGGUCCUCUCGGCCGCCACCCGCCCCAUCCAGUACCUCCACACUCUCUUCUCCCUGACCUCAAAGAGAGCAGCCUUCAUCUCCGUCUCUUACACCCUGGUCACCGUCCUCCUAUCCCUUGUCGUGGUGCGGUACAACACCAUCAUCCACCCCUUCACCCUCGCCGACAACCGACACUACAUGUUUUACGUCUUCCGCUACACCAUCCUCCGCUCCCACGCCCUUCGCCUGUCCCUCGUCGCCGCUUACACCGUCUGCCGGUGGCUUGUGUGGGACCAGCUUGCCGGAGCGGCUGGGCCCGCCCAGAACCCGCCGAGACCGGUCAAGGAGGCCGCCGCCGCCACCGCCGCCGCCGCCCCACGGACAUCCACGGCGCUCCUCUGGCUGCUCACCACGGCGCUCUCGCUCACCACGGCCCCGCUCGUCGAGCCGCGCUACUUCAUCCUGCCGUGGGUGUUCUACCGGUUGCUGGUGCCGGCCUGGCGCGCGACGGACGCGCCGGCGCCGCCGGGGAUCGGGCGGGCGUGGCCGAGGGGCGGGCUGGCCGGCCGGCUCUGGCUGGUCGCGGGGAGCGUCGACGUGCGCCUCCCGCUGGAGACGGCGUGGUUUGUGGCCAUCAACGUCGGGACCAUGUACGUGUUUCUGUUCAGAGGGUUCUACUGGCGCGGGGAGCACGGGGAACUCUUGGACGGGGGGAGGGUGCAGAGGUUUAUGUGGUAG